GCGCUCCCUUCGCUUCCCAGAAGAGCCCUUCCCCCUUCAUUCCCAGAAUCGCCCUUUCCUCUCUCUCUCUCUCUCUCUCUCUCUCUCUCUCUCAAUUCAAGCUGGAUAGAUACAGAGGAGGUGAGUACCACCGCUCUGGUAAUCCAGAGCCGUACAAGCACUCUUCCAGGAUGCCUUCUUCAAGGUGGUCCUCCUCAUCUUCUUCUGACAACUACAACAGCUACGAUAACUACAGCAGCAGCAACAAUCACAGCAAUUACUACAACAAUCCUCCUCCUUUCAACCCCCAUAACAGAUACCGUAGUGGCAGCAGCGGUGGUGGCUUCUCCAAUGAAGCUGAUGACAACCCCAACAACAACCAAAACCUACCUUUUCGCAAUCAGCCGGUGCCAUUGUCUGGCCAGAAACGUGGCAGCGGCGGCUUUCCUCUCUCUGGAAGCAGAGGCGUCUCUCCAGAUAAGAUAGAUGGUGGCAAGUUUGCUAAACUCUUCAUUGGGUCUGUUCCAAGGACAGCUACAGAAGAAGAUAUUCGCCCCUUGUUUGAGGAGCAUGGAAAUGUUAUAGAGGUUGCUUUGAUAAAGGAUAAGAGAACCGGUCAACAACAAGGAUGUUGUUUCAUAAAAUAUGCAACUCCGGAGGAAGCUGACAGAGCCAUCAGAGCUUUGCACAACCAAUGUACUUUGCCUGGGGGAACAGGUCCUAUCCAAGUUAGAUAUGCUGAUGGGGAACGGGAACGUCUCGGUAAAUUUUCAAGUGCAGUUGAGUACAAACUUUUUGUUGGUUCACUGAACAGACAAGCCACGGAAAAGGAGGUUGAGGAAAUCUUUUCUCCUUAUGGUCGUGUCGAAGAUGUCUAUCUCAUGAGAGACCAUCUAAAGCAAAGUCGUGGAUGUGGAUUUGUUAAGUUUUCAAAUAGGGAGAUGGCAGAAGCUGCUAUAGACGCUCUUAAUGGAACCUUCAGGAUGAGGGGUUGUGAUCAGCCGUUAAUUGUUCGGUUUGCUGAUCCAAAGCGACCUAGGGCUGGAGAAUCAAGGUUUGGCCCUGCAUUUGGGGGUCCUGGUUUUGGCCCUCGAUCGCAAUCACCAUUUGAAGUCAGGCCAACAUCCAAUCUUGGUGAUCUUAUGGGAGGGCGUUUUCCUCCCAACCCUUGGCAUCCAAUUAGUCCACGGGAUGUUGGACCUUCUUCCCAAGCUAGUACUCCCGCAUCUGGUAGUCAUUUGGCUGCUAGGGUUGGUACUGAGGCAAUGCCUUCAACCACGGUGGGUUCUUUUGGAGUCCUUGGUGGCCCUACAAAUGGCUCUCUUCAGGGGCUUCCAGCUACACCAUCCUCAACACAACAACAGAGUUUCACUCCAUCUACUGCAUCAAUUCAGUCCUUCAGCCAGCAAAUGUCACCACUGCAGAAGCCAUUGCAAUCUCCCCAACACUUGCCACCCUCCAUGCAAUUGUAUCAUCAACAACCUUCAGCAUCCUUCUCACAGACCCAAACCUCGUGGACAUCAAUGCAGCAGCUUGGCCAGCUGCAAAUCCCACCAAUUAGUCACCACUCCUUUGGUCAAGUACUCCCAUCACAAAAUCUAUUUGGUCUGAGUGGAAAGUUGCCUGUUUCUCAGCCUCAGAUUCUGCAGCCCGCUGCUUCCGCUGCUCUGCAAAAUCCCUUGAAUCUACAGCAGCAAGGAAUUCCUGCCGCCACAAACCAUCAACAGUUGCCUGCCUCUUCCAUCCAGCAACUGAUUCUGCCUAUCCAACAAUCACCAUCCCAGCAGGUAGCAGUUCAACAGCAGACACACCCGUCAAGCAUGCAAUCCCCUCAACAAGCAUUUUCUCAGCUGCAACAACAGUUGCAUCUAAUGCAACCAUCUAGUCAAAGUCUCAUCCAGCAGCAGAAUACCCAGACUGGUAAACCACAGUCUCCAUGGACUGGAAUCAUGCCACAGAUGAGUGCCAGCAAUCUGGCUACUGCUUCAGCUUCUGUUGCACCAUCAACAAUAUCUGCUGCUCCAGUGAUUCCUGUCGGUGCUCAGGUCGCUGUUCCUCUAACCUGUAAUUGGACAGAGCAUACCUCUCCUGAAGGAUUUAAGUACUAUUAUAACAGUGUAACUACUGAAAGCAAGUGGGAGAAGCCCGAAGAGCUUACGCUAUUUGAACAGCAACAGCAACAGCAGAAACUUCAACAACAACAACAUCAACAAAAAUAUACAGUUCCACAGCUUCAAUCCCAGUCACAAUCCCAGCCUCUUGCACAGAUCCAGUCAACCCAACAAAUUUCUCAAAUGCAACAGCUACAGCCUCAAAUUCAACUCAAGCAGCAGCAGCAAAUGCAGCUCCAGCAACCUUCGUUAUCUUCAUCUUAUCAGGCUUCUGGUGCAGUCAGUCAUCAAAAUAUUAAGGACCUUGGUUAUGCACAAUUACAGGCAUCCAACAGUUCAGUCACUGAAACUGCUCGCUUUCAACAGGGACUACAGGCUGCACAAGAGUGGAUGUGGAAAAGCAAGCCUGCAGGUGCUUGACGCGGAAUGGCAUUGGUGGUGGCACGUUGCCAGAAAAUGUACGGCACAGAACAUCCAUGAUUGGGGCAAUCUGACCCCAUUGCUCUACUGAAUGUUAAGAGGAAAUGUAACAUGAAUGCUCUUUGAUUUUCUCUCAUGAAGAGAGGUUUUACUAUAACAUCUUACCCUGGAGACCUGUUUGGAAUCAUGGGAAAAAAGAAAAGAAAAAAAAAAAAUGAAAAAGAAAGAGAAUUGGAGUGUUUCCCAUGAAACUGGGAAAGAAAAGUUUGUUUCUCCUUUUUGUUUCCCUAUUUUCAGGUCUGGUAUAUUGCAAAGAUUAAUUUGCGUGGAAAUUGUACUU